AUAUGUUGACGCACAACCGAGUUGUAAGCUGAGUUCAUAUCCGUCUUGACCCGGAAAUAUUCACUGUACGUACUGAAGGAUCUUCCUCGGGAAACUUCUGGCAGCGUGGAUCACACCGAUUCAUGAAUAUCAGACGCCAAAUUUGAAUAUCAGAAGCCAAAUUUGAAGCUAGGUUCACGGUUUCACGCACUGACUUCCAAAGUUCCACCCCCUCAUUUUACUUGGGAGCUCCCACGUAUCAUAACUCCCUUGCUAAUUGUCAUUUGCUCCUUUUAGAAACCCCCGCAUGCUCAGAUGUUCUUAUCUCCAACCGUUUUUCCCCUGCCCAAAUACAUUGUCCCGAAUACUGGAUAACCAUUUUCUUUAUCUUCCUUUCUCUCAAAUGUUUUCCACCAAGAAAACAAACCUCAUUUUCCUUUUUUCAAAAAAAAAAAAAGGAAAAAGAAAAAUUUUUUUUCUUUCCCUUAUCCGUUUGACAUGCCACCUGAGCUUGUGUACUGACAAGAGCCUAAGCCAAGUGUGUCAAUUAGAGAUACCAUUUAGCCUUGCUGUCAACAGGAGCAGAUUGGUUCUCCGUGCCAGCGCCACUCUGCUUCUCCGAUGUGUUUACAAAUCAAGCACCAACCUUACAUUAUAUCCGACUUUCUGAUCUGUUGGCGCAAUGUCAACGUCAAUCAUGAAACAGCUGAAGAAGCCGGCUCAGGCAAGCUCAAGGAAAGGGUGCAUGAGAGGCAAGGGAGGUCCCCAGAAUGCUCUCUGCACCUACAAAGGUGUCCGCCAGAGAACUUGGGGCAAAUGGGUGGCUGAGAUCCGUGAACCAAAUCGUGGUGCACGUCUCUGGCUUGGGACUUUUGACACCUCUCAUGACGCCGCCAUGGCUUAUGAUGCUGCUGCUCGGAAGCUCUAUGGAUCAGAUGCCAAGCUGAAUUUGCCAGAAUUAGGCGUUAACUCUCAGUAUCAACCCUCUUCUGCCAGCACCACGGUCGCACCUGCUGGGAUCCAAUCCCAGAACCUGAAUAAUCCAGCUACUACAGGCUCAUCAAAUGCCCCAGUUAUGAGGGCUCAUGAUGUGAGUCCAAUCUACAGUAACAACUCAAACAUCUCUUUCCCAAACAACAUUGGCUGCCCUGGGAAUCUGGCUGAAAACAAGGUGCAAAUCGGCCAAACUGAAGAGGGAAUCAAUGGGCUGUGGGAGAACUUGAACUGGGAGAGUAUGAACGCGAACCUGCCAGUGUUAGACGAGUCUAUAUGGGCAGAGGCAACCAUGUCUCUCGAUCUCCCACUGGUGGAAGAGGAUCCAAGCUGUUUCACCAACAGCCUUACGGAUACAAGUGGGUGGGAUGCUUUGCAGUCUCCUUGGUGCGUGUAGGGCAAGAGGAAGAAACAAGUGGCAUAAGCAUGCGUGCAUAAGUAAUGUGAAUAUGGAGUUACGCAGAGCAGAAAAUAUGGUAUGAGCUCAGGUGAGUAACGGCCACGAAAUCCACACGAGUAUUUGUGGGGUUUGUCGUUGGGCCUUUUAUGUACGUGUAUAAAAGUGAGUUACGUGUUUGCAUGGCUGUGCUUAUAUGUCAAUAGUAUGAGAGGUCGAUAUCUCCAUGUGUGACACAUGGUCUGGUCUGGUCUGGUGACUCUGGUAUUGACACUUUUCCCUUCGAGAAGGCUCAGAACUUCCGUUACUAUUUUCCCAUUAUUUAUUGCUUUUCUUAUGAUGUGGAAAAUAAGAAGUCCGCAGUUUAUACUAUUUUUCCCCUAGUGGGGUUUAUUCUUUGCAUCUCAUCCCAUUCAUAUGCGUUAUGAUACCAAAAUAGGGUGGUUUGAAGAAAAUAUGUACUUAAUG